CUUUAAUAAUCUCCGCUCCUCCUGUCCAAGACAGACCGUUUCUUGCGUCCCCAUUUCUUCUAUCUUUUUCUGUUUCUUUAUUUUUAAUUUUUAUUUUCAUUUGAAUCCUCUGCUUGGUGGAGUACGUCAGCUACACAAUUCUGGACAGUUUGUUCAGGUGGUUAUUUAUAGAGAUCUGAAGAGAAGAUUAUGAAUCGGUGUGCUAUUCAGCAGAAGUCUUUUACUUCCUGUGAAGAGAUGAGGGGUGGCGACUGCAGAUCUAUGUCAAUUUGUGUUGACAAGAAAGAGACGGUGGUUUGCCCCAAACCGCGGCGAGUUAGCCUUAUCAGGCCCACCACCACCACGACGCUUAACGAUUCUCCAGUCAGACCUCUUAGAUGGCAUUUCAGCCAUCAUCAAGAGGUUUGUGAUUCAAAAGCUGGAAAUGAACUGCUAGACAUCAUCCUUGCAAAGGGUGGUUAUGGUGCUGAACAAUCUGUUGCGCAGAUGGCCUCGUCGCCCCCCUUUUUUUCUGGGUCGCCGCCAAGCAGAGCAUCUAACCCAUUAAUUCAAGAUGCCCGUUUUGGGGAUGAGAAAUUCACCCCGGUUUCACCACGAGCUAUCCCGUUCCCAUCUGAGCUGGCUCCGUCCCCAUCCUCCACCCGUAAAGGUGGAUGCGUGUGGACAAAUUUUGGCAACAAUCCAGCUGUGAGGGUCGAGGGCUUCGAAUGCCUUGACAGGGACAGACGCAACUGCAGCAUCCCUGCUCUGGCUUAGAGCAAUCAAAAAAACUAGUACAUACAAAAAUUGAAGAUUUUAGCAGGAGAGGAAUUUUGAACAGUUUGAUCCAGUGAGCAAGUAAUAGAGAUCAUUGAUCAUUUUGUAUAGUGUAAAUACACGUCAAAAAGUGUCUGUAAGGCAAGGAGUCUGUAAUUAAUCUGAGUUUGUUUUGAUUGACCAAAAAUAAUUCAACCAAGUCAUUGGGGGCACCCUAUUGGUGUAACGAAAGGGACGAAAGGGGUCUUUAGUAUUUGUGUUUAUUUUGGGGUCAAUUUUGAUAGUCAAGUGAGGAAAAUCUGUAUAAAAAUCUGCCUUGUUGGCGUUGAGUCAUCAUGUGUAGUCAAUUCACUUUGUAAAUACUAAAAUAUUAUGAGUUGAUAUGGACAUAAAUUUUUAAA